UUCAAAACAACAGUGUCUAGAAACCCUUUUGGUAUUUUAUUCCAUAUCUCAUUCUAUAGAGCACAAUGGCUAAGAAAAUCUUUUUUUUCUACGCAAUAUUUCUUAUCAGUCUUAGAGAAGCUACUUCCCAAUGCGACGUAAGCCAGAUAGAUGUUCACCAAACCAAUACAGGAAAAGUUGUGAAGGGUAAGCCAGAGUGGAGGGUGACAAUCACAAAUCCAUGCAUAUGUACUUUCAUUGAGAUACAAUUGAACUGCAAAGGGUUUCAGUCGGCAGAGAAGGUCGACUCUUCCCUCUUGGCCCUAUCUGGCGACGCGUGUCUUCUCACCAAUGGCCAGCCCCUCCAUGGGAAGGAGUCUACCAGCUUCUCUUAUGCUUGGACCACUCAGUUUACCUUCAAGCCCAUUUCUGCCACAAUCGGCUGCUCUUAAUUAAAUCAAGAGAUGGAGAAGCUUGCAUGGUUCCAAUAAGUCAAAUCUGUGUGCUUUUUGUUUUUUACUUCUCGUUGAUUGUGUUGUUAAUUCAAUGAAAGGAGGGUUCGAUGGUUCAAA